AAAAAAAAACACAGUAAUAAAACAAACGCAAGUAGCAAAGGCGAAGGUCGGCUUCAGCUGCCUCCCUAAACGCCUCCUUAACAAACUAAGCGUAGGUCAGUUUCUCUCCUUACAACAACUAAGCAUCUUAGGUUAAAUUAUCCAUACUUAUAUUGAUUUUUUUCCCCCUUUUUGCUGUUUGUGAUCCUUAAUUUAUAUUUCUCUACUUUAAUUUUGUUUUUAUUUAAAACAUCAUCAAUCGUCUGUUCAUCCAUCUUCAUCAAUCGAGUCAUUGACUUGAUCACUGUGGAAUAUGGAGGGUUUAAUGAGCAAGCUAAGGAGUUUGGACGCUUAUCCUAAAAUCAAUGAGGAUUUCUACAGCCGUACACUCUCCGGUGGCAUUAUCACUAUCGCCUCAUCCAUUGUCAUGCUUCUCCUCUUCAUCUCCGAGCUCAGGUUGUAUCUCCAUGCCGUGACUGAAACAAAGCUUGUGGUGGAUACUUCAAGAGGGGAGACUUUACGUAUCAACUUUGACAUCACCUUUCCAGCCCUUCCAUGUUCUAUUCUCAGCCUUGAUGCAAUGGACAUCAGUGGAGAGCAGCAUCUUGAUGUAAAACAUGAUAUUUUCAAGAAAAGACUAGAUUCUAAUGGCAAUGUAAUAGAAUUACGGCAAGAUGGUAUUGGUGCUCCUAAGAUUGAAAAGCCUUUGCAGAGACAUGGUGGCAGGCUUGAGCAUAAUGAGACAUAUUGUGGUUCAUGUUAUGGUGCUGAAGCGUCAGAUGAGGAGUGUUGUAAUUCUUGUGAGGAAGUUCGUGAAGCAUAUCGAAGGAAAGGUUGGGCAAUGUCAAAUCCGGAUUUGAUUGACCAGUGCAAAAGGGAAGGUUUUCUACAAAGGAUUAAGGAUGAGGCAGGUGAAGGGUGCAAUAUUUAUGGAUUUUUGGAAGUUAAUAAGGUGGCUGGUAAUUUUCACUUUGCACCUGGCAAGAGCUUUCAACAAUCAAAUGUUCACGUACAUGAUCUGCUGGCAUUUCAAAAGGACAGUUUUAAUAUAAGUCACAAGGUCAACAGGCUAGCUUUUGGAGAUUAUUUUCCUGGUAUUGUGAAUCCUCUUGAUGGCGUGCAUUGGACACAAGAAACUCCCAGUGGAUUGUACCAGUACUUUAUCAAGGUUGUACCUACUGUAUACACAGAUGUCAGUGGGCACACAAUUCAGUCAAACCAGUUUUCUGUGACCGAACAUUUUAGAAGUGAAGAAGUCGGUCGCCUUCUUCAAUCCGUCCCAGGAGUUUUCUUCUUUUAUGACCUUUCUCCAAUUAAGGUUACUUUCACAGAGGAGCAUAUAUCAUUCUUGCACUUCCUGACCAAUGUAUGCGCUAUUGUUGGAGGUGUUUUCACCGUUUCUGGAAUACUGGAUUCAUUUAUAUAUCAUGGGCAAAAGGCAAUCAAGAAGAAGAUGGAAAUCGGUAAAUUUAGUUGAUAGCACAACUGAUUGGCCUGGUUUGCUGCUGUAUUCAGUUUGGUCUGUCAGUAACUGGCUUCGCAAAUAGAAUUGGGUUGAACGACGAGAAGUGGAGUUGGCCAGCGGCUUUGGAUCACAACUAACUUUCAGUAAAGAUUCAUGAUGUAUGAUCAAUGAAUUAGAAUUAUUUUUAUAGUUCAUUUUAUAUGUGCAAUGAAAUGUCCCUCUCGGUCUCAUUCUGGUUAAUGCAAUGGCACUGCUGAUACAAAAAUCUAUGUGAAAGGGAUUUUCAUUGUUUCCUUGGCUAAGAACUCGAAAGAAUUCACAAGUGGGUAUGGAGAAACAACCGAGCCAUUUUUGUUUGA